AUGGCCAACUACCCUACACACAAGACAGCCAGAGGAGGUGACGAGACUGGCAGCACGGAUGAGAAAGCUGCGUCGGCAAAUGUCGAGGACAACAGGCCGCAGACCGUUCAGGCCCCCGCGUUCAUCAGGAACCUGACGCCCGGGGAGCGGCAGCAGUUGGAAAAACGACUGAAGAGAAAGAUCGAUGCUAGACUGCUGCCGGCCAUCAUCAUCAUGUACAUCAUGAAUUACAUCGACCGAAACAACAUUGCCGCGGCUCGACUGGCUGGCUUGGAACGGGAUCUCAACCUGACGUCGACCGAAUUCCAGACGGCAGUGAGCAUCCUCUUUGUUGGUUACCUCCUGAUGCAGAUACCGUCCAACUUGUUCCUCAACAAGUUUGGCAAGCCAGCCAUUUACCUGCCUGCAUGUAUGGUCGUCUGGGGCAUCAUCUCGGCCCUGACCGCCGUGUGCACAAACGCUGCCGGUCUGUUGGCAAACCGCUUCUUUCUUGGCGUUGUCGAAGCCGCCUAUUUCCCCGGAUGCCUCUACUACCUCUCGUGCUGGUAUACGCGCAAGGAACUCGGCUUCCGGACAGCCGUCUUGUACUCGGGCGCCUUGAUCAGCGGCGCCUUCUCCGGUCUCAUCUCGGCCGGGGUCACUUGGGGCAUGGACGGGACGCGCGGGCUGGGGGCGUGGCAGUGGCUGUUCAUCAUCGAGGGUGCCGCCACCGUCGUCGUGGCUUUGGGCUGCUACUUUGUCCUGCCCAACUUUCCGCGGACGACCAAGUGGCUGAAUGAGGAGGAGAUGGCCUUGGCUGUGUGGCGUCUCCAGGAAGACAUUGGCGAGGACGACUGGGUGAAUAGCGAACAACAGACGUUUUGGCAGGGCGCGAAGCUGGCCUUCACCGAUCCCAAGACGUACAUUUUGCUGGUCCUCCUCUUCUGCAUCGUCGCCAGCGGCACCGUCACCAACUUCUUCCCCACCGUCGUCAACACGCUCCAGCAGGGCGCCCUCUCAUCGAACGGCGGCAACAACAGCAACGUCAUCUCGCUACUCCUAACAGCCCCGCCCUACGUGCUCGCCGUCAUCGCCACCUACCUCAACGCGACCCACGCCGACAAGACGGGCGAGCGCUACUGGCAUAUCACCAUCCCGCUCUGGAUCGCCGUGGCCGCGUACAUCAUAGCCGCGACCACCACGCACGUCGCGCCCCGCUACCUGAGCAUGAUGCUGAUGGUCCCUUCGGUCUACUCGGGUUUUGUCGUCGCGCUCGCUUGGAUCAGCAAUACACUGCCGCGCCCGCCGGCCAAGCGGGCUGCCGCGCUGGCCUUCAUCAACGCCGUCAGCAAUUGCAGCAGUAUCUAUGCCUCGUACCUGUACCCCAAGAGCGCCGACCCGCAGUACACGGUGGCCAUGAUCGUCAACUGCGCGACUGCCUUUGGCGCCGUGUGCGCCGCUACUGUCAUGCGGGUUGUCUUGGUGCGGUUAAAUAAGAAGUUGGAGGCUGGCGUGUGGGUGGAGGGAGCUAUUAACAAUGCGCUGCCGGGAGAGGGGGGUGUGAAGAAUGGGUUUCGGUUCAAGGUCUAA